UCAGUCUCCUGUUAUCCUGUAACUGCAAAGCGUGCCCUCUAUGGCAUAUCAACAUCGGUUGCAUAUUCUAGAGGGUGUGACCAAGUGAAGGUCCAAAAAUUUUCAUACUUUUCUCAGUCUUUGGAAUGUGAAGUUCCUGCAGGACGUUUGUCUCGACAACGUUGCAAGUAGAAAAAAAAUAGAAAAUUAAAUGCAAAUAAAAAUAAAAUACAUACACAUUUGUAAAACAAUUUAACUGGAUUAAACACUAAUCGAAAUGCGAAAAGCUUGUGAAAUAAAGUGCUACGCGGACUUUUAAAAUCCCGUUUUGUCGCUUUGUGACAGGCAAAAAUUAAAAAUGUGCGACAAUUUGAUGUCAAGAGCUUAGAACUCUGUCCCCAGACCACGACGCACUACGACGACGACGACGGCGACGACCAUCAGGAGCAGCGCACUCCACUCCGUUUCCAUUUCCACCUAAAACCUCCGCAGCGCUACAAUCGCUUUACAAACGCGGACCAGGACCUGUCAGUUAGUACGCAUUAGACGCGCUCAAUCCCAUUACCAGGAUGGGCGACUAUCACGAGUUCACGGAUCAAUACAAAGUGCCGGUGAUAGCCAAGCUACUGCACGCAUUGCCUCACUACAACAUCACGUUUCACAAAAUCAACAGCACUUUCCGGCCCAAUGAUGAGAUAUAUCUGGAGAGCCUGGGCAUCCUGGGAUCGGUACCGGCAGCUCUAUUGAUUGUCUCGCUGCUUGGACUGCUCUUCUAUUUGAUGACACGCUGCUGUGACCGCAAGCCACGUCCAGCGCACUCGAUAACUAGCCUAAAGGUGGCCCUGUCCAUCGUUACGGUGAUGUGUUGUGCGGCGAUUGGACUGGGUCUGUAUGGGAAUGAUGAUCUGCACAAUGGGCUGCUGGAGGUGCUGACCGCUGGACGUAAAGUGGACAAUUUGGUGACGACAAUACGGAAUCAGACGCACAUACUCGAGAAUACGCUGACCAACCGCAUACGGCCACAGCUGGUGGAACUGGCGGAUAUCUUCGAUCAGCCGGUCUCCAAUCAGACAGCGCUGUCCAAGCUCUUCGUCUCACUGAACAUUGUCCAAGGGAACGUGACGCUAGCCACGAAUGCGGCUAGCGAUAUUCGACGACCGCUGAUGAGCAUCUCGAUGACGCACUUCCUCACUCGCGGUGAUCAAUGGGAGCUGAUACGAUGGCCCGGCACUGUGGCAACUCUGGCACUGUUACUUGUCCUCUGUGCCGUGUUGCUGGUGGGCGUGGCACGGCAUUCGCGCUGCGCCCUAAUCCUGUUUAGCGUAUGCGGCCUGCUGGCCGUCACUGGCUCCUGGCUAAUGUCCGGCCUGUAUUUGUCUUCAUCGGUGGCGGUGGGUGAUCUCUGCAUUAGUCCAGCCGAUUUUCUUGUGUCGACCGCACCCCGUGAUCUGCCCACCAAUGUUCUGCUGCACUACACCCAAUGCGAGCCGGGACACACGAAUCCAUUUACGCAACGAUUGCGCGAAUCACAGAACUCGCUGAAUAAUGCACGCAGCGCAAUGGCUACUGUCAUGAAGAUCUCCCUGGUGCUGUUCAAAAGCUCUGGUCUGCAACCGAAACUGGGCGCCGUAAAUGCCGAUCUCAACAGCAGCGAGCGAUUGCUCACCCAGCUGACUGCUCUUGUCGACUGCAAGGCGGUCCAUCAUAAUUUUCUUGCCGCUGCACGUGGCCUAUGCGAGGGCGGACUGCUCGGAUUGGUGCUGAUGCUGAUUGCCAGCUUCAUAGCGGCCAUUUUGCUGACGAUCAUGGUGUGGGUGGACUCGCACACAUGGAUCUAUAUACGCAAGCGCAACGACUAUGCGCAGGUUGACGAGCCAUCGUAUAUUUCGCAUCCGGCGCCACAGAAUCAUCAACAGAUGAUGAAUGCGGCACGCACUUUGCCGCGCAAUCAUAACGGGCACUUCAGUCCACCGGUGAUCAGCGGCUCACACACGUUGCAACAUCCCAAUAAGCGACAGCAGCAUGAGAUGAUGGCCCACGCACACAUCCAGCAGAACAUGCGGGCUAUGGGAACCCAUACGCUAGGCAGACUGCCGUCGCACAAUCACAGCCCCACCCACAUGACUGGUCCCAAUAACGCCGCUGCCGUCGCCGCCGCCGCCGCCGCUUCCUCCGUUCCGCCCACUGCACAGGCCCAGGUGGCCCAGGCGCAGGCCCAUGCUCAUGCCCAGGCUCAGGCCCAGGCUCAGGCCCAGGCCCAGGCUCACUCUCAGCAACACCAGCAGCAGCAACAACAACAACAAUUGGGUCCACAGCCAAUAUACUGCCAUCAUCCGCAUCAGCAUCCGCACGCGCAUCCGCAUACCCAUCCUCAUUCGCAUUCCGCAGCAGUUGCCGCCGCCGUUCAGCACCAGCAUGCCAUCUACCAUCAGCAGCAGGCGCAGGCCCAGGCCCAGGCUCAGGCCCAACAAUAUGGCACGUAUACGACAGCUGCGGCGGCGCAUCAUGCGCAACAGCAUCAUAUGCCGCCACCGGGUCAGAGUCAGAUCUAUCAGCAGAUACCGGCACAUUUGGCUGGCCAGUUGGCGCCUAAUGGGAAUCCACAUUCAAUUUAUCAGCCGCUGGUAGCGGUUAGCCAGGGCUCUAUUUAUGUGUCCAAUUUGGCGACAAUGCGACGCCAGAAUAGCCAGGGUGGUCCGCAAAUACCCGCACAUCAUCAUGCGGCAUCGGUGCAAUCGCAACCCCCCCCCAAUCCCCAUGCUCACCAACAUCAGCAGCAGGCUUCACAGCAGCAGCAACAGCCGCCGCCGCCAUCGCAACAGCAGCAACAACAGUUGUUGCAACAUCAGCUUAAAUCGCCACAGCAACAGCAGCAGCUGCAGCAGCAGUUGCAACAGCACCAGCAGCAGCCGGAGACGGAAGUGGUGCCUAUUAGCACCACAAUGGAUACGGGCAUUUAUGACCGGGAUAAGCAAAUUUACAAAUGCUCCACGCUGCGUCAAGGCGGAAAAUUCGAUCCCAAGUACAAGCCAUCGAUUUUGAAUUGCCCACUGCCGGAGAUACCCAAGGAUGCGGAGCAGCCUAAAGUGGAGUCCAUCUAUCAGCAGCAGCAGCAUCAUCACCAGGCGCAAAACUACUCCAAAACACUGCAGCGACCACCAAUGAAGUUGCCGCCACAAAUGAAGGCCAUACCGCCACCAAGGAUUGGCACGCCCACAUCACCACCACCGCCGUCAGCUCAGUCCGAUUCGACACUGCUUAAUGGGAGUGGCGGAGGAGGUGUUGGUGGUGUUGUCAAUGAUGAUGCCACCCUGCCACCGCCACCACUGGAGGCUGCACAGACGCAUCUAACUGGUAGCGUGGACGCCACGCCGCCCAAGUCACGCGUCCAAGCGGCAAACGGUAAGCCCGGCAAUGGACUGGCUCUGCACAAUGGCGGCUCUGCAACGGCAGCAGCUUCAUCUACUGGCCCCGUCGGCAUUCUCGAUGAUGAUGACGAUCUGCCGCCACCGCCGCCGGCGAUAACUGAUGAAAGCAACUAUGCGGUAACCGAGCUAUAAGAUGGAUAUACCUAUAUAGCGAGAGAGUGUGCCACAUCCACAUAUAGCAUUUGAGUGUUCCUUGGUUCUUGAUUUACAUUACGAAUCCUAAUUCCUUUUCAUGCAUCCUACAACUUAAAGCUAGUCAAAAAAAAAAAAAAAAAAAAA